UCAGCAGCUCGUGCAGCAGCAGCAGCUGUCCGGUCCAGGCUCGUGCUCUCUGCACACGUGCACACCUGACAGGUUUGACACGGAACGAGCGAGCGGCUUUUGUUUUGAUAUUUGACACCGGCGGCUCGUGAGCCCGUGGAAGGUGGUGCAUGCGUGGAGACCCCGUAGUGUGGAGCGGCGCCCCGCAGUGUUGGUGCAGGCCGGAGCGGCAGCGUCGGUCCCGCAGAGUCCCGCAGAGACCCGCAGAGACCCGCUCCUCUGUUCGCCCUUCUCACGUCUCCUCCGUGGAUUUUUACCGGGACUCUUACCGGCCGGGGCCUUUCCACAGACUCUCUCCGGUUGGAUUAACCGAGCCACGUCCUCACCGACACCCAGCUGCUUCAUUCAUCCGAGGCAGCGUCGACAUUUCCGCAUUCUGACGCCUGGAUGCUCCGUCUGCCCGGCAGCUCGUCUUGCUCAGUGUCUCCAUGGUGAAGUGGGCGGGGUCUGAUGUCAGCCCCUCCUCUCCACGACCCUCCCGCCAUGCCCACCAUGGUUUCCAGGCUGCCCAAGUUCGGCUCGCGGCCCAAACCUCCCAGCGUCACUCAGGCGACUCCGGCUGCCCCUACCAGCAUCAGCACCACCUGCCUGACCAACGGGUUCUACCACCACCCAGGCCCGGUGGGCUUCAACGGGAGUUUAACGUCCCCCCCGGCCUCCGCUAAGCAGAAUGGAUUCAUCCGAGUCCCCGCUUCGUUUUCCAUGAAAUGGAGGAAAGAGAAUGAGGUGGAGGAUGGAGCUGACGGAGAUCUGAGGAGAGGGAAGGGCGGGAACGUCGGGCAGAACCGCCCCAAUCCAAAUCAGUAUUAUUCCCAACGACAGCAGCCAGGCGACGGCAGGAAACCAGCCCCGCCUUCAGGAGGGAGGGGGCGUGGUUUUGGCCUUCCUGUGACAUCAUUACCGUCACCACAGUCGAGCCCCAGAGCACUUCCUGUGUCUAAGACUGGAUCCCGACCCGGCCACGCCAUGUUCGGGCUGACCAGUGGCACCAAACCGGCCCAGAACGGUCUCUGUGGAUCCAAACCUCGGAGUGGAGCCAGCGGAGCUCUGAGGCAGCCUCAGACGGCUCGUUCUGCUGGCUCCAGGCCCGGUUCUGGUCCUGGUUCUCGAUCCGGAUCUCCUCUCCAGAACAAACAGCAGGCCAGCCGCUCUCACUCCAGCGACAGCCUCGGUUCUGCUCCGCCCGUCCAGCUGACUGAGAGUGAUCGUUUCCGGUCACGGAGCCUCACCCAGGUCCGCCGGCAGCCCUCGCCCACCCUCACCCCGUCCUCCACCUCCGCCUCCACCACCUCCCUCUCCCACAACCCUGUGGUUACCCGCUCCUACUCCAUCAACAGGGCAGCUGGGCGGGCGGCUCCACCCAGAGCCAGCGUAGGAGGCGGCGGGGUCAAAGGUCGCGCCGGGUUCAGCAUCCCGUCCCUGCUGCUCCCCUCUGCCUUAAAGAAGCCCCUCCUACCCAGCCUCGGCCCCGCCUCUAAGCCCAGCGGCAUCAGCUAUAAGCUGUCACGCCCAUCACUCAACAAGCAGCCCCGCCCCCUGCGAGUGACCCCAGCCAACCUGACGGAGGGCAACCAGGAGGUGAACGGACUGACGGGCCGGAGAGACUCAGUGGAGACGCCUUCGACCACCGAGAACAGCCCAGAAAGUAGCCCAGAGGCUCCAGAGACGGAGGGGCUGACGGCAGAGCCGAUAUCCCAGGAAGAUGUGUCGAUUGUGGGGGAGACUCUGGAGGACAUGUCCCUGUCCUCCAACUCGUCUCUGGACAGAAAUGACAUCAGUCAGGAGUACAUGGACGACUUUGACAACCUCGGAAACGGAGGCGUCGGCAUCCUGCUGCUCUCCUCUAAGAACGACGAGGACGACUCGGGGCUCGACCAAUCCUGCGCCAGGUUUGAUGACGACAAGGUGUCGGUCAGUGGUGUCGGCAAAGCGUCAGGGCUCUGUUUCCUGGACGACGGUGUGGACUGGACCAGUAUGACACUGAGCGGUGAACAAGAACAUCGACUGACCCGACUGCCACAUCCGAGAAGGUCCAGUCAGCCAGACUACCAUGACCAGGGUGGUUCGUCUCUGGACUUGUCCCCCUCGGACAGCUGUGGGUCAGGGGGAACCUACAUGUGGGACGAGGAGGGCCUGGAGCCACUUGGGGGCGCCGCCACUACCGCAUCCAUCCACACCAACAGCAACACCACCCAUCACAUCGGGAGCUUCGACUCCGACCUCAACAGCAUUGACAUCCUGAAUAACCUGGAGUCAUGUGACCUGGAUGAUGACGACCUCAUGCUGGACUCAGACGUCCUGGAGGAAGCGUCGCUGCACAGCGAUGGAGACGGACUGUCUCACAUGGCCGAGUGGAGGAGGAGACAGCUGUGCUGGGGGACGCAGGACGUCCACAACGACAACGACAGUGACUUCCAGUGCUUCAAACUGACCGAGGAUCCCGGGAACCAGAGGACGGACACGACGAGAGACGGAGAUCUCAUCCUGGACCUCCGUCCUUCAAGGUUUCCCUGUCUGUCUCCUUGUACUCCUAGUUUGGGUCUGGACGUGGAGGAGCUGGCUGAAGACUGUUCUGCAGUGCGAUCACAGCUGGAGUACCUGCAGAGGUUACUGCUCCAGGAGGACGACGUGGACGACGACACUCUGACCACGGACACUCUGAGUCCUGAAGCCAACGACUCGUCCCACAGCUCCGACUCACAAGUGCAGGCUCUCCUGCAGGAGGUGCAGCAGCUCAGAGAGGAGCUGAGGAGCAGAGACCGAACCAUCGCCCAGCUCACGCUGCAGCUGACUGUUCCCACGACAACCGCCGCCAGGUGUUGUUGCCAAGAGACGACAGAAAGGAUGGAUCGACACACACAGACGAGCGAGACGGAGAGAGAGAGCGUGGCAUCGCAGACGCCAUGGAGAGAGCAGAGUUCACAGAUACUUCACCCCUCCAGCCAGGAAGACCAGGAACCAUUGACAGCCCGACACCCAGCUCCACCUCCAGCUAACUCCUGCUCCACCCAACCAGACAACCCAGCUGAUAGCGACUGUCCCGACACCAAUGCCGCCGACCCCACCGCCGAGGCAGGAAAGGAUCAUGGGAGAAGAGCGAGGAAAGAGGAGGAGAAAGGAGAGACGAAGGAGAGGAGAGGAACCAGAUCCCUGCAGCCCCCCCAGCCCUCCAAACUCCGCCUCUUCCUGUCUCAGACCUCCAGCUCCUGGUCUGCCUCAGCCGCCGUCGCCGCCGCUGCACCGCCCAAGACUUCAGGAGUUAAGGUCAAAAUGGCCACCCUCACCUCCGGCUCCUCCCGCCUGCCCAAACCAAAGAGCCACUGAGGCGUCGGUCCAAUAAAGCAGCUUCUUAACACGCAGCGACGUGAACCGCACGGAAACUUCCUGUUCUCCUAAAUUCUGAUUCUGAUACCGUUUGGUCCAGACGGAUCACUAAAUUAUUGAAGCUGUAAAUCAUAUAUAUACACGGUUAACUUAUUUAUUGUUGAUAUUUUGAGCACUGUGACUGAUAAUAAAGGUUUAAACUUGGUGACGCUUUACUUCACAGGUCCUGUACUCUCAAUGAGUUCCUAUUAAGACUCAUGUCAGUGUUUGAUUGGAGGUUACGGGACCAGUAAAAUAAAAGUGUUACCAAAGAGUUUUAAAUUGACGCUCUUAUGAUCCGUUAAGUGUUGUAUUUAUUUAUUUCCAUUAGAAUAAAACGGCAGGACGCGUGUUGGUUCGUUUUUCUGCUCGCUCGCUGUGUUAGGACUGACUGACUCAGAAACUCGUCAAGCUAAGCUGCUCUUCCACCCGAAUCACCUCCAGCAAAACGUCUUCGCUGAGGAAUCGCCCGAACACAAAGAUGACGACGACGACUUCAACCCAACUCAAACCUGCUGCUCUGCAAAGCAACGUCUCCAAGGUCAGAAAGUCCAACGUUAUCCUCUCACUGUCCAUGUUGUGUGUUCACGUUUAGUUUGUUGUUUCUUAGUCCAGAAAACAAGAAUUCACCGUUAAAUUAGAAAAGACAUGACGGACCCGUCAUUCAAACAAAACCCUGAAAACCUCACUCCUCCUCCGAUCUCUGGUUUCUUUUUUGGCCGUCCUAGUUCUCAUAAAAACCUUUUCAAAGCCGUUGAAAGAACUUGAGUGGUGGUCAUAAUCAAGUCAGCGUGUUGGAGGAGCGAGGUUUUAACCCUGAAACACACGAGGUUGGCUGAAGACUGGAGGAGAGUAAAGGUCUCGUAUGCUUAAAACAAACUGUGGUAUGUUUAAACAGACGUCCUUCUGUCAGUCUGUCGUUCUUUACUUUUACAAACUAAUCGUGAUCCAUUCAUACAAUUCAAGUCCUUCAGAAGUGAAGAGUGAAGCUGACGGCGGUUCUGCUCUUAAACAGAACAAGUCAUCAUCAACACGAUCUUGUUUGUUUGAAGCGUUCAGAGACCUCAGUGAGUUCAUACAGACGCAAACAUCAAGUCUUUAAGUCUUUCAGAUAAAGUUCACCGUCAGGAGACGUUUCAGGAUCUUUCCCGGUCAAACGAAUCAAUUUCUCUCAGCGAUGAAGAGACUCUGCAGUGCUGCUCAUCACACUGCUUGCUUUGAUAUUAGUGACUGUAUAUGCAAUAAAACAUGCAUCAUCAUACCGUAGGUUCAAACCCCAAACUGACCCGCGUGUCCUCGAGCAGGAGGUGAGGUGUUUGAAAUAUGCAAAAACAAACAUGAGUCUGAUGCAGCUGAAGAUGGUUCGAGGCUCCACAGACGAGUCCUGAUGACGGACGAGCUGAUUAAUAAAAAUACAAAGAUCACAACAAUGACAGCAGCAGCAGCAGCAGCAAUAUUUAUUAUUAUCGAUUAGCGGACCGCCGGGUGAUGUCAGAGUUCAGCAAAAUAAAAACAAUGACUGUCAGGUCGUCGUCUUAACGAAA